CUGGGACCAAUAUUCGCCAAAUCCUGAUCAACAUCAACGCUUCGAAUACUGGUGCACCUAAGAGCCGCCAAGAUGAGUACUGCGCUUGAGAGAGGCACUGACAGUGCGAGUUUGGAUCGACGGUCUGAAGAUGAGAAGGCAAAGGUUGAGGGACAGGAGUAUGCGCCUCCUACUGAUGGCAUCCCGGACCCUGAUGCUGGGUUGAGUGAGGAAGAGCGUGCUGCUCAUGACCGGAAACUGCUCUGGAAACUUGACAUGAAACUGAUUCCAUGGCUCUCCUUUCUCUACCUCAUCUCCUUCUUGGACCGAACCAACAUCGGCAACGCCAAAAUCGAUGGUCUGCAAGAGGACUUGCACAUGACCAAUGGUCAAUACAAUGCCACGCUCUCUAUAUUCUUCGUUUCCUACGCGCUCUUUGAGCCACUCACCAAUGUGUUGCUUAAGAAGUUGAGGCCGAGUAUCUUCCUCCCGAUCAUUAUGCUGUGGUGGGGUAUCUGUAUGACCUGCAUGGGAUUGGUGCAUAAUUUCUCUGGGCUGAUGGCUGCUCGCUGGUGGCUUGGUGUUGCUGAAGCUGGGCUUUUUCCCGGUGUAAACUAUUACCUCUCCUGCUGGUACAAACGGUCCGAAUUCGGUAUCCGAGCAGCUAUCUUCUUUUCUGCCGCUGCCCUUGCUGGCUCCUUUGGUGGACUCCUCGCUGCCGCAAUUGCGCAGAUGGAUGGAAUUGGAGGGAAGCCUGGAUGGGCGUGGAUCUUUAUCCUCGAAGGCCUCGCCACAAUCUUUGUUGGGGUCGCCUCCUACUGGAUGGUCCAUGACUUCCCCGACGAAGCCAAAUUCCUGACACCCGACGACCGCGCCCGCGUAAUUCGUCGUCUAAAAGCAGACCAGCAAUCUUCUGCCGAGCACGAAUCCUUCAAAAUGACCUACUUCUGGAACUCAGUGAGUGACUGGAAAACCUGGUGUUUUGCCGUUAUCUACAUGGGCUGCGACGGUGCACUAUACGCUUUCUCACUCUUCCUACCGAGCAUCAUCAAUCAGCUGGGAUACAAGAGCACAACUGCAAAUUUGCUCAGCGUACCUCCGUAUGCCGGAGCGGCAAUUAUGACGGUAUUUAUCGGAUGGUUAGCAGAUCGGACGAGGCAACGUGGGCUAUGCAAUAUUGCAGUCUCGUUCUUAGGAAUAGCUGGAUUCUCGAUGUUGCUUGGUUCUGGAAGACCCGGUGUGCAAUAUGCAGGGACUUUCCUCGGCGCACUCGGAAUCUAUCCUUGCAUCGCGAACACGAUUUCCUGGGCUUCAAACAACGUCGAAGGAGUCUACAAGCGCGGCGUUACACUCGGAUUCGUCAUUGGAUGGGGGAAUCUGAAUGGUGUAGUGAGUAGCAAUAUCUUCCGAGGUCGGGAUAAACCGAGAUAUAAGCCUGGGCACUCCGUUGUGUUGGCUUAUUUGAUAUUAUUCUUGCUUGGUGGAAGUAUUACGACGAGGCUCUUGUUGGCGUGGGAAAACAGGAAGAGGGCGCGUGGUGAUAGGGAUGCUUGGAUUGAGGGCAUGGAUGCGCAGGAGAUUGAGAUGCUAGGAGAUAGGAAGCCUAAUUUCGUCUAUACUUUGUAA